ACUAGUAUAAAAGACAGGAAUUGAUCCUCCUAAGAUCAGUUUGUUCGGUACUCAAUUGGAAGUUUAGUGUUAAGCGACAAAAUCCGUUCCGGUAACACUAAAGUCCAGCAGAAGUGUGUGAAAUAAUAAAUAAAAGAUCGCAAAAAUGUACUCCAAAAUGAUCGCUGUUCUGGCGUUAGCCGCUGUAGCUAUUGCUGCUCCUCAGCACCAAGAAGCUGCCCGAUAUCCCGCUGGCGUAAACCCUAAUGCCUGCCCGUCGUAUCCGAACUGCGACAACGCCGCUCUGCAUAACCAAAACCCAGCGGCCAGCCAUGCCAACAACCACUGGAACCCGAACUGGAACGCCCAGCCGGCUGCCCCAGCCUGGAACGCUCAACCAGCCGCCCCAGCCUGGAAUCCUCAGCCAGCUUGGAACCCACAGCCCGCUACCCACUCGUGGAACCCACAACCUGCGGCUCAUUCCUGGAACCAACAGCCAGCUGCUCCAGCUUGGAAUGCUCAGCCACAUUGGAACUCCUACCCAGCUGUCACUGGCCCAGCUAGCAACCAUUUGGCUGCAGCACCAGCACCAACUGCCGGCGGUGACAAGUACCCAGCUGGAGUGAACCCACACACCUGCCCCAACUAUCCCUUCUGUGAUAACUCUGCCCCUGCUGGAGCCCCACAGGUUGCUCCCCUGCCAGGAUACACCGAGCGCCAGUACCCAGCCGGAGUCUCCCCGCACAGCUGCCCGAACUUCCCAUACUGCAAUUAAGCAACCUGUGAUAAAUGCCAACCUGACCUCAACCAGCAAUCUUACAGACCCUUCGUCAGACUCUUUCCCCCCUCCAAGUAAACUAACGUUCUGCAAUACUUCACGCUUCUUCUGUGCUAUUGAACCCCCUUUCCGAACACUCAGCUAACCAGUCUCAGCGUGGGAUAAUUGGUAAAAUCCUCCACAAAACACUGCCAUGUUUGUUUCGUGUAAAUAUGAUGAGUUUCAUGAAUUGCAAGUUUGUGAUUUGCCAUUUAAGUUGUGCAUGUGUAAUGAUAGAGUUCCUUUUGAGUUACAUUUUUUUGUUUUGUAUGAACCAGACGAUGAAAUAGUUGAAAUUAAAUAUGCGAUUUUGAUAUUUAAACAUAA